AUGGAGGCAAAACAUAUCGCACACCAGAAGGUUCACACUGGAGAGAAGCCAUAUCAGUGUUCUGAAUGUGAUAAAGCUUUUACAUGGAAGUCACAUCUUAUCAUACACCAGAGGAUCCACACUGGAGAGAAGUCAUAUCAGUGUUCUGAAUGUGAAAAAGCUUUUACACGGAAGUCAAGUCUUGUAUCACACCAGAGGAUCCACACUGGAGAGAAGCCAUGUCAGUGUUCUGAGUGUGGCAAAGCUUUUGCACAGAAGUCAAAUCUUAUCAUACACCAGAGGUUUCACACUGGAGAGAAGUCAUAUCAGUGUUCUGAAUGUGACAAAGCUUUUACACAGAAAUCAAGUCUUAACACACACCAGAGGAUUCACACUGGAGAGAAGUCAUAUCAGUGUUCUGAAUGUGACAAGCACCAGAGGAUUCACACUGGAGAGAAGCCAUAUCAAUGUUCUGAAUGUGACAAAGCUUUUACCCAGAAGUCAAAUCUUAUCAGACACCAGAGGAUUCACACUGGAGAGAAGUCAUAUCAGUGUUCUGAAUGUGACAAAGCUUUUUUAACCAAGAAAGAGCUUAUCAUACACCAGAGGAUUCACACUGGAGAGAAGUCAUAUCAGUGUUCUGAAUGUGAUAAAGCUUUUACAUGGAAGUCAUAUCUUAUCACACACCAGAGGAUUCACACUGGAGAGAAGUCAUAUCAGUGUUCUGAAUGUGAUAAAACUUUUACACAGAAGUCAAGUCUUAACACACACCAGAGGAUUCACACUGGAGAGAAGUCAUAUCAGUGUUCUGAAUGUGACAAAUCUUUUGCACAUAAGUCAUAUCUUAUCAGACACCAGAGGAUUCACACUGGAGAGAAG